AUGGACCAAUCAGACUCAACGAUGGACGUAAUUCAACAACGAGAGGAAGAGGAGGAAGAGGAAUGGGAUGAAGACGGGUACGAGGACGAGGAAGACGACGCCGACGCUGAGGCAGAAGCAGAAGCCAUUGCCCGCAAACUCGGAGAAGAACUUCUUGCCGGAAUUGCCAAAGUACAAGCGGACCAGGCAAGCAGAUUUGCCUUAGCCCAAUCCCUCUUGUCAGCGCAAAGCUCGCUUCCAGAGGUGAACGCUGGUCCCGCUGCGAAUGAGGCUCCCCUCUCAGCCAAGGUUGAGGCAGCAAUCUCGACGAUUCGGAACAUUCUGAAUAUCCUCGAAACCGACCCGCUAGCAAAGAGCACUUUUGAAGCGACUUUACUACCCGACGCCAGCGGUGCGAACGUCUUCGAUGUACUCAGACAGAUCUCAGGCGCAGGUGUAGUUGCCAAAGAGCUUGCUGGGGUUCUGAGCCAGGUAGUCAUGACGCUCGCGGCCUCGGAUUCGCUGUUCGGAGUCCGGCACGUCUCGGGCGCUGCGCAGGUAGAUCAAACCGACUCGAAUAAGCGCAAACGGGAGGGAGAAAUGGACGACGGAGGAUUUCGCGUAGUCAAGCGUCCUUUCUAUCCCCCACCGACAUCAGGAUCCGACAUGCAAGCUCAGAUACUUGAGGCAAUACGCUUUGUCUCACAAGCGUUGAAUUCUCGUCCUCCGAACGAGUUGAUAGAUCCGACAUUUGUGAUAUCUAUUCAGCUACAGCUUCACCAAAUGUUCUUGUUUGCAGUCACAUCCUCGGCACUUGGAGGUCCCUACACGCACGCUCUCCAGGAAAUCGCAGGUCUGAUUCAAGUCCUGGGUGUUCUGAGUGGCAUCCAGAUUGGUCCUACUGCUGGGUCGAACAACGCGUCUUGGCUUCAUUCGGCCACGACAACAACUCCUGCAGAUAUUCUCACUGCGGUAUAUCCUUGCAUUGUGCCAGGUUGUCAGAAGACUUUUGCUCGUCUCUUCAGCUUGAGAGCCCACCAACGGAUUCAUGCCACCCAUAGACCUUUCCGGUGUAGUCAUUGCCCCGCUUCGUUUGUGCGCAAUCACGACCUCAAACGGCAUACAAAGCUUCAUGACAGGAAAGGCUGGAAAUGCACUGGGUGCGGGAAGCUCUUUUCUCGAAGAGACGCGAUCAAACGGCACAAAAAUAAUACGAGAAGUAAGGACGGUAGCGGGAGUAUCUGUGUGGAUGCCGAAGUGGAAGAAGUUGAAGUUGAUGGCCAUGAAGGGGAUGAAUCGGCGAGAGAGGAGCGGCGAGCGAAGAUGUGGAACGGGAUUGCUGAGCAGGUCAAUGCUAAUGUUAGGGCAUCGGUGGGUUACCCCGUCCAGCCGAGCGACGGAUCGCUGGAAGAAGGGGAGAUACCAUACGGUGUCAUUGCACAUGUUCAAUCUGUGAUGAUGGAGAUGCAUGGUUUGUUGCAAGCGCAUGUCGCUCACGCUCUGGGUAACCAGCCUGGAACGACACCCACCGUAUCAGUGUCAGAUCCCACUGGGCAAGCCACCCUGGCCUCCGUUAUCGCAAGGGCGCAGUCAAAUUUGCCUUCAGGUGCCAGUACCAGCGACCCGAGUGGCUUGCCAUCAUCCACGGAUCCAACACCUGAUGCCUCUGAUGCCAUCGAGAUAUCGCCUCAGGCCGACGAUGCCCCUCCUUCGUUGUCUAUGAUCGGUUUAUCUGCGGAACAGGCCCAAAUGCUGGAGCAAGCCAUUGCCAACGCAGCGUUGGCAGCUCAGGCGCAAGCAGAGGCAGAAGCAGCGCUUGAGGAGGAAGAAGACGAUUACGAUGAACAAGAAGGCGAUUACGACGAUAUGGAACAUGAAACUUCUCCUCAAGGGACAUGA